CAAACCUUUCUAUUUUAUUAUCAUUAUUAUUAUUAUCGAAUUAUGCUUUUUCUCUUUUCUUUCCACUUCCACAAUUUCAAUCUCUCAUCGGAAUUUCUGUUUAACAUGUUUAUCAUUUAACCGCUUAUUUUCAACCUAUUUCUAAAAUCAAAGAGGGAAUGUGGUUAAGCUAUUUAUUGAAAUGAGCUAAAAAUAUAGCUCUCUUUCAAACAGUUACAUAAGUGAUUAUGUCAUAAGAUAAGCCCAAUUAAAAUAAGCUCUUUUAAAGGCACCCUAAAUGUUUUUUUCGAUUGUGUGGCUCAUAGUUCAUAAGUCACACAAAUCCUACCCUCCAGAUAGUUGAUUAUUUCGCGGAUUAUGAAGAAUAAUGAAGGAAAAUUACUGGUAGACAAGAGCAGGGUUGUCCCUGUGGCAAUCAUAUUUGUGGUGUUAUGUGGUCUUUCUUUCUAUAUGGGAGUAAUCUUUGGUUCUGAGAAGGACAAUUUUGUAUCAAAUAUUAGCCAGAGAUCCCUUGAUUCCCCCAAGGAAUCAUCGUCGUCAUCAUCAUCAUCAUCAUCAAUAAGUUCUCUUCAAAUUAAAUACAUCAGUUUUCCUGAAUGCAGUAUUGACUAUCAAGAUUUCACUCCAUGCACUGAUCCAAGGAGAUGGAAGAAGUAUGGAUCCUAUCGGCUCAAUUUGUUGGAACGCCAUUGCCCUCCAAUUUUUGAGAGGAUAGAAUGCUUAGUUCCUCCCCCGGACGGGUACAAGCCUCCAAUUAGAUGGCCAAAGAGCAGAGAUGAAUGUUGGUACAGGAAUGUUCCAUACGACUGGAUUAAUAAGCAGAAAUCCAAUCAACAUUGGUUGAAAAAGGAAGGGGAGAAAUUCCUCUUUCCCGGUGGGGGUACUAUGUUCCCGAAUGGUGUUGGUAAAUAUGUUGAUCUAAUGGAAGAUUUGAUCCCAGAAAUGAAAGAUGGAACUAUUCGAACUGCCAUUGAUACCGGUUGUGGGGUUGCUAGCUGGGGUGGUGACUUGCUGGAUCGCGGCAUUCUUACCAUGUCUCUUGCACCAAGAGAUAACCAUCAAGCUCAGGUUCAAUUUGCUUUGGAACGUGGUAUCCCUGCAAUUCUUGGUGUCCUUUCUACACACAGGCUUCCGUUCCCAUCAAAUUCCUUUGACAUGGCUCAUUGCUCCAGAUGUCUCAUUCCAUGGACAGAAUUCGGCGGAGUUUAUCUUCUCGAAAUACACCGAAUUCUUCGUCCUGGAGGAUAUUGGGUCUUGUCUGGUCCACCAAUCAACUACGAGCGCAGAUGGCGUGGAUGGAACACAACUAUCAAAGAGCAAAAAUCAGAUUAUGAGAAAUUGCAGGAUUUGCUGACUUCAUUGUGCUUUAAAUUGUACAAUAAAAAGGGUGACAUUGCGGUUUGGCAGAAGUCUCCCGAUAGUGAUUGCUAUAAUAAGCUAACUAGAGAUACCUAUCCACCUAAAUGUGAUGACAGUCUUGAACCAGAUUCAGCAUGGUAUACUCCACUUCGUACGUGUUUCGUCAUUCCGGAUCCAAAAUUUAAGAAAUUAGGCCUGGCAUCAACUUCUAAGUGGCCUGAGCGGUUGCACGUUACUCCUGAACGGAUUUCAAAGGUUUACCACGGGAGUGAUAGUACGUUCAAACAGGAUGACAGUAAAUGGAAAAAACAUGUUGAACACUACAAGAAGUUGAUGUCUGAGCUUGGGACUGAUAAAAUAAGAAAUGUGAUGGAUAUGAAUACAGUAUAUGGAGGUUUUGCUGCGGCUUUGAUUAAUGAUCCUGUAUGGGUCAUGAAUGUGGUUUCGUCUUAUGCUACCAACUCACUGCCUGUGGUUUAUGACCGAGGCCUUAUUGGAACCCUCCAUGACUGGUGUGAAGCAUUUUCGACAUAUCCUCGGACAUAUGACCUCCUUCAUCUUGCCGGACUCUUCACUGCAGAAAGCCAUAGAUGUGAAAUGAAGUAUAUGUUGCUAGAAAUGGACCGUAUAUUACGACCUGGUGGGUAUGCUAUCAUACGCGAGUCCAGUUAUUUUUUGGAUGCAAUUACAUCCAUUUCCAAAGGUAUGCGAUGGGAAUGUCGUAAAGAAGAUACCGAGCAGAGCGGUGACAUGGAGAAGAUAUUAAUAUGCAAGAAAAAGCUAUGGUAUUCAUCCAACAAGGAUUCUAGAUGACAAACUCUAGGAGGGACCUAAGCAGUGGUGUGAAAGGUGGUUGUUGGUUAGAACAAUCUUGCCAGUAGUAGAUUGAUUCAUAUAUUAUGUAAUAUAUAUUAAAACAUGAAUCGGUCUAUUUCAUUGGCAAACCCAAUAAUCUGUUUUAUUAGUUUAUUGAGUUUUCACAUAUAUAUAUUAUAGAGAGUUAAAGUUAGAUUUUUUAUGUCAUUAAUGUAGCUGCAUUGCUUCAUUUUAUCCACCUUUGUUUGGAACAAAAGAAAUGGUUCAAUGUAGUGUAGCCCUGAGAAAGUGUGAUUUCCCUUAGAAAUUGUUUUACUAAGUCAGCGCUUGUAUUAAUGUUGAGCAUGAUAAGUAAUGUGCUUAUCAUCUGUGCUUAAUGUGUGUCCAAAUUUAUUGUGGUUACUAUUA